CGCGCAUUCAGACCCUUACGGUUCGCUCUCGCACUUUCUCCGUUAGUCGACGCUCUCCUUAGUGUGCCUCUGUGUAUUUCGUCGCAUUCUCUGUGUGUGUGUGUGUCUUGUCGCGUGUGUCUGUGUGUGCAACAAGAAGCAGAGCCCCCAGAGCUGCCCCCAGAGAUACCGAAACCCCUCGGCAGCAGCAGUUACCCCCCGUCCCAAAACGAAAGUUAUAACAAAAUUUAACAGCGACAGUAAAAGAACAGAACAUCUAAUAAAUAAAAUAAUACUGCUUUUAAGCUUCUCUUGGACCUUGUAAUGGCUCUACUUCGUUCAUUGAGCGCCCAACGUACAACAAUUAAUCUGGUCAAGAGCGGUAGUUGUUCCAGUCCAACGGCCGCUUCCGCCGUCGCCGCUCAGAGAACUCAUCAUCAUCAGCAUCAGCGUAGAAAUCUUCAUGUGGCAACACCAUCAUCCCUAAGCCCCAAUUUGAAACAUCAUCUUCAUCAUCAUUUACAUUUAAAUCGUCAUCAUCAGCUGAUAUGGAGCCUUCUCAUUCAGCAACGCAAUGUGCACUCGCCAUCGGGUCCCAAUCAGCAAGUGACUCAGGCUGAUGUCUCCACCGUGGGCAGAAAGCAGCAGCAACACCCGGCAUCAUCGUCAGCUAGUUCACCGCAACGCGAUCCACUCGAUGUUAGUUUCAAUGAUCCGAUUGCCGCUUUUAAAAGUAAAACCACCUGGGAAUUGGUACGGGCCUAUUUGGUCUAUAUGAUCUGUUCCAGCGAGAAACUGGUUGAGCAUAAUAUGACGCUUUUAAAAUUAGCCCGCUCCUUAUUGGGUGGCCGUCUCUUUGUGAUGCUGAUGAAAUCAACUUUCUAUGGACAUUUUGUGGCCGGCGAGAAUCGUCAUACAAUUGUGCCCACUUUAGAGAGACUCCGUUCAUUUGGUGUCAAGCCAAUUUUGGAUUACUCCGUUGAAGAGGAUAUCACCCAGGAAGAGGCCGAGAAACGUGAAGUUGAAUCUUCCGUUUCGAGUGCUGGUGAUAACAAGGAGGAGGGUGCCAUGCCUCAAUACCAUGUGGAUAAAUCAUUUGCCGAUCGUCGCUAUAAAGUGAGCAGUGCUCGUACCUAUUUCUAUUUGAAUGAGGCGACAUGUGAGAGAAACAUGGAGACAUUUAUUAAAUGUUUGGAGGCUGUUUCGGAUGAUGAUGCCAAAGUGCCCCGUGCUGUGGCCACGGGAGCCACCUUUGGUACUGGCAUUACAGCCAUCAAAUUGACUGCCCUGGGCCGUCCACAGUUGCUGUUGCAACUUUCCGAGGUAAUCAUGCGCACACGUAAAUAUAUGGAAGACUUUGUGGGCGGUCAGGGUAAUGUGUUGACACAUCACAAGACCAUUAAGGAUCUCGAGAAGUAUUAUGCCAGUGUUGGCGAUAACAAGGAUGUGCAAGAGUUCUUAAAGAAUGUGACAUCAGAUAAAGAGGGUAUAUUGCAUCUGUUCCCCUGGUCGGGCAUUGUUGAUGAAAAUUCGCAAUUGAGUGACACAUUUCGUGUGCCCGAUCCACAGACGGGUCAAAUGCGUCGACUGAUCUCACAAAUACCGCCCAAAGAAGAGGAAAUGUUUAGAAAUAUGAUUCGUCGUCUAAACACAAUCGUAAAGACUGCCGCUGAGCUGGAUGUACGCAUUAUGAUUGAUGCCGAGCAAACCUAUUUCCAGCCAGCCAUUUCGCGCAUCACUUUGGAAAUGAUGCGUAAAUACAAUAAAGACAAGGCCAUUGUAUUCAAUACCUAUCAAUGCUAUUUGCGGGAAUCUUUCCGAGAGGUUGGCACUGACUUGGAACAGGCAAAGCGUCAAAACUUUUAUUUUGGUGCCAAAUUGGUGAGAGGUGCCUAUAUGGAACAGGAGCGUGCUCGAGCUCAGGCACUGGGUUAUCCGGAUCCAGUUAAUCCUAAUUACGAGGCCACCACAGAUAUGUAUCAUAGGACUCUAUCUGAAUGUUUGCGACGCAUUAAGCUGAUGAAAGAUUGCGGUGAUGAUGCACGUAAAAUUGGCAUUAUGGUAGCCUCUCACAAUGAGGAUACAGUCCGAUUUGCCAUACAACAGAUGAAAGAGAUUGGCAUCUCUCCGGAGGAUAAGGUCAUAUGUUUCGGUCAAUUGUUGGGAAUGUGUGAUUAUAUCACAUUUCCUUUGGGUCAAGCUGGUUACUCGGCCUAUAAGUAUAUACCAUAUGGUCCUGUCGAAGAGGUCUUACCCUAUUUGUCACGUCGUGCCCAAGAGAAUAAGGGUGUUUUGAAGAAAAUCCAAAAGGAGAAACGUCUGCUAAUGGCCGAAAUACGACGUCGUUUGAUUCGCGGACAAUUGUUCUAUAAGCCCAAGGGCAACUAUGUGCCGAUUUAAAGUGGCUUAUAUAUACAUUAUUAUAUUAUUAUAUAAUGUGUGUGUGUGUGUAUGUGCGUGCGUGUGAGGAAGAGAAGACUAGCAUUGACAACAGACGACGUAUGGAGAAAUCGACAACAUUAGCGGAGGGGAAACUACUGGACACUAAUUGCGAUUUGGAAUAUUCAGUUUUUGUUUAUUUUUUAAGUGUUUUUAAUGGAGCAACCCAACAAUAAUACCCAAACAACUUUACAA